AUGCAGACAACCGCAGAAUGCGCAAUGCCACGAGCAACAGUACUCACAGCCGGGGACAAUCGCCAGAAACACAACCAAACGGCGGCAUUAACGGCUAACCCAUUGCAACAAGAGGAAAACAACCUGUCCAAACGGAAGUGGUAUAAACUCUGGCAUCAUGAAACCGGAGAUGGUCUUGUCGCUUCUGGACCUCCACGCCUCCAGGACAUGUCCACACACCUGGAAAAUUAUUUGCCGACGUCGCCGUCAGUUAGUCCAUCGGAUCCCGGUCAACCGAAAGCAGAUCCGCCGAGUCAACUACGCCGUUAUCCAGACCCUAUACCACCAAUGACGGAAAGAUGCAGCGUCUGCUGUACUCGCUGGGUCAUGGAAGGAUUUAUACAAAGGAAACUGCGGCCUACCUACGGACGCCGAACAGUAGUGGAAACAAGUGCUCUCAGCUCCAAAACCCGCGGAUAG